AUGUCUAAUCAGACCAGCGCAUCAUCACUUAUUACACCUGAUCUUCCCCGAAGUGCUAUAAAGCAAAGAGACGGUGAGGAAGGGGAUAGCAAAGGGACUCGUCGGAGGACGCACAGGCAUCCCUCGGCGCCGUGUGGGAUCCUAAUUGUGGUCAUGGCUUUGAAACCGACCGCCUCCGUACGCACUCCCUUCCGGGCACCUGACUGUUGGCCCCUCCUCCUGGCUCCACUUUGGAGAGGAACCUUCCGGAACCUUCCGAUCGCUCCGCCGUGCGAUGGGCGCACUUCUGGCCGCAUCAGCUGCAGCUGCGGGCCCGAGGACUCUGGCCCAGCUCCAUCGGGUGUUUGUGCCCUUCCGCCGGAGUCCCAUGAUCUGUGGGCUGUGGGGCAUGGCACGGCCAUGGCCACCGGCCGCCGCCUGUCUAGCAUUCAUUCGAAGAGAACGCAGGGGCCCGCCAGAGUGACGUCCGCACUCAGACCUGCUCUACGCUCAGCUGUGGCUUCCUGCUUCACGGUGGAUUCCCUGAUGCCCCGCCACUGCCUCCUCUCACAUGCACGGCACUGUGCCUUCUGCCGAUCCCCGUCAAGUCAAAGCCUGUGCCCACUGCAGGCUCGACGGCACCUGGGAUUGGCGGUGCUCGGGGCUGGGAGCAGAGUCGUGUCAGGGGCUGAUGCUCAGCAGGCCUUGUACCCAGCGUCCCAUGGAAGGGUCAGCACGAGAGCCGUGGGUGGGGCAGGCCCCUGGGAAGAAGGGCCACGGGGCCGCCGCCUCUUCCCGUGGACCUGGGGGCUGAGGGCAGCGCCUCUGUCCUCGACAUUAGCUCGUAGAAGCUCCGGUUCGCUUGUCGACUGGAAGCGCUUAGCUCGUAGAAGCUCCGGUUCGCUGGUCGACUGGAAGCGCCGCAGGGAGGGAGGUCCCCACUGA